AUGGAGCCUCCGGACUUCGAAGCCAUGAACUUCACGGUGCAGCAGGUGCCGCCGAAGUACCCGCUGUGUGAGGAGUGGAGGGACGGUGCGGAGGGCUCCGUCUUCCACCUGGCGCACAUCCUCCUCUUCCUCGGCUUCAUGGGCGGCAGCGGCUUCUACGGGCUCCUCUACCUCUUCACCCUCCUCACGCUGGGCUUCUUCUGCGCCUCUCUCUGGGCUUGGUCGGACCCGUGCACCACCGACUCGUUCCUCUGGACCUUCGCGCUGUUCGCCGCCAGCCUGGCGCAGGUGGUGCACGUCGCCUACCGGCUGCGGGGCGUCUCCUUCGAGCGGGACUUCCAGGAGCUGUACCAGUGCAUGUUUCAGAAGCUGGGGGUGUCGCUCACACAGUUCGGGAAGAUCGUGGCCUGCUGUGAAGGAGACGUCCACACCUUGGAGCCCAGCCACUGCUUCGCCAUCGAGGGGAAGACCCCCAUCGACAAGCUGUCGGUGCUGCUGUCUGGCAGAGUCCGUGUGACAGUGAAUGGAGAGUUUCUGCAUUACAUCUACCCGUUUCAGUUCCUGGAUUCUCCUGAGUGGGACUCUCUCAGACCAGCAGAGGAGGGCAUCUUCCAGGUGACCCUGCGUGCCGAUAACCCCUGCCGCUACGUCGCGUGGAGGAGGAAGAAACUCUACCUGCUUUUUGCUAAGCAUCGCUACAUCGCCAAGAUCUUUGCCCUCGUUGUGCGCAAUGACAUUGCAGAGAAGCUGUUCUCCCUUAAUGAUAAGGCUUUCAGCGAGUCCGGCCGCCGCUAUGAUCUCCGCUUACCAAGUUACUGUCACAUGCCAGGGACAGAAUUAGAAGGGGCAGAUGUCCUGCAAGUGCAGGUGCAGGGUGGGAGGACGGCCUGA